AUGACUAAGAAGCAUGAUAUAAUUUCUAAGCCUGAUGUGAGAGAACAUGAAAGGCUUUUGGACUUUAGACGAGUAAGGAAAUCUUUGGCUCGUUUAAAAUCCUCGUUUAACGAAUUAGAUACAAUAGCUAAGCAGAAUAAACCAAAAGGCAUAUUUAUCAGCAUUCACCCAAGAUUUAAUAACAUCGUUGUAGUUGUAACUUGGCCACCUGAUCAACAUUCUCGAGCUUUGAUAGAAACAGCAAGGCGACUUGGUGCGGAUAUAUAUUCUCCUUUUAAAGAUACUACACCACUUACUAAAAGGGGCCCAGGCAAAAUGCAUAUGUCAGCCGUCGGUGGUGAAAGUGGAGGUCCUGCUUAUUAUUUUUCAGAUUUUUCAAAUUUGAGAUUGGUAACUAUAGCUGGCAUAUUUACAGCGAGUCUAAAACAUCAAGAUAUUCCUCUUUAUCCUUUUGGUGUGGUAUUUCCUAAAGAAAUAAUUCUUGAUAGUUUUCAAUUGGAUUUAAUUACUAAAUUUUAG